AUGAGUCAAGCUAAUAUUACACAAAGACCAAUCCUAGAGAUUGCGUGCUUCAAUCAAGAAUCGGCCGCAGUUGCUGCGAGAGCAGGAGCGGACCGCAUCGAGUUAUGCAAGGACUACCACCUCGGUGGGCUAUCGCCCGACACAGACACCCUCGAACUUUUGAAAUCACAGCUCGCGAUACCGAUCUACACGAUGGUAAGACCACACGCGGAAGGCUUCUGUUACGACGAAUUUGACUUUGAGGUGAUGAAACGAACGCUCAAUUCUCUGAAGUCCUACGGGGCUGACGGUUUCGUCUUCGGUAUUCUGAAUCGAUCCCCACAAAAGCCCUUUGAUCCGAAAAUGUCGUGGAUCGAUGUAUCCCGUAACAGGCAGCUUGUCGAACUAGCGGACGGGCGGCCCUGUACCUUUCAUCGCGCCUUUGAUCUCAUUCCCGAAUCCCACUGGGAGAGUGCAUUGGCCGACAUCAUGGAAUGUGGGUUCGCUUCGAUUUUAACCAACGGCGGUGCUUCGGGGACAAAAGCAACCGACUGUGUCGAUAAGCUGCAAGCUCUGGUCCGUUAUCAAACGCAACCACAGGGGAAAAUAAAACUUCGAAGCAAUAUAGUUCCAGAAAUCAUUGUUGGCGGUGGUGUGAGGGCAUCGAAUAUAGGCUUGCUCCACAGCGUCACUGGUGCCUCGGUCUUCCACUCCGCUGCUCUUCUGGGAUCGGAAGAGGUAACCUGCGCAAAUGAGGUGUUUAAGAUGAAAGAUAAGAUAUCACGGGUAUCGGAGGCAGAUGAAAUGGCGCAAUAA